AAGGGGGGGCUUAGUUUCAUAUUGUAUCUUGAUGUGAGUGAAUCUUCAAUGAUAUACACUCCAAGUUAUCCAACCAGUGGGAGUCAAGGUGUACGAGUUGUUAUACAUGAAAAAGGAACACUUCCCGAUCCAGAAAAUGAUGGAUUUGAUAUUGAGCUUGGACAUUCCAUCAAUGCAGCUUUGUCCGUCAAUGAACGACGUCUUAUGAAACCACCAUGGGGUGAAUGUACUGAUCAUAAUGCUAACCUUUUUGGCGGUUUUACAUACACAAAAAAGCAUUGUCAACUAAGUUGCCUUCAGAAAUUCUUCUACAGAACAUGCGGAUGUAUCAAAUCCUCAUUACCUAUCAAUGAAGAAACAGCUUAUAAAGAAUAUUGUCUUAAACUAAAUAUAAAAGAAUGGGCAAAACUUACAACCAAUCAGUAUAACAAAACAACAAUUAUGAGUGACAUGGAAAAUUUUCGUUGUCAAAAUCGCGAAUUCCUCUCCUCAGAUGUCGAGGCACAAGAUGGUUGUCAAUGCUUGGAAAAGUGUUCAUAUCAAACCUAUGAUAUGACACUUUCCCAGUCAGAAUGGCCAAUGAAGGGUAUAGAAAUAGAAUUUUACUGUCGCACGAUCAUGGCCAUGGAUAAUUACCUCAACUCAAGUAUAUAUAAGAAAUUUCAUGCUAUUUUCAUUGAAUACUGUCAUUAUUUAAAAGACAGAGACUUACUCCAAAAAAUACAUCGAGAUGCAUUGCGAGAAAACUUUAUACGCUUAAAUGUGUAUUUCAAAGACCUCGAGACUAAAAUAACCAAUCAGGUCGAAGAUUUUUCAAUCAGCUCGAUGAUCUCAGAAAUCGGAGGCAGUUUGGGAUUCUUCGUUGGCAUGUCCAUCAUAACUAUCGCAGAAAUAAUCUUACUGUGUUGGAAUAUCACACGUCUACUUGGAAAAAAGUUUGUUAUUUCACCAACUGAACAAAAAAGUGGAAGUGAUGUUAAACAUGCCUGGACAAACACAAGCUAGGAUAUAUUUAAGCCAUUUUAACUUAAAUAUAUGUUUAACAUUCCCUCCCUU